AUGUGCUCUUUUUCUGUGGAUGAUCCCAUCCUCGUCGCCAGUUUACAAAAGGACUGUCCAGUGGAAAGUUUCAGACAAAAGUGUGAACAACAACGCAAGGAAUGCGUCCAGACACCACUUGGUGGACUUUGUGUGAAGAAGAAGAAGAAAAAAACCGGCAAGGAAGAAAUCGGUACAAGCUCAUGCACAGUCAACACCGUUACUUACAAGCUCUACGAGUGUUCAUCCAGGGGCGACCCUCACUACAGAACACCAGACGGCACCAAGCUGGACUUCGAGGGCGGAUGCUCCUACAAUUUGAUGAGCACCUGCAACAACUACCCAGAGCUUGGUGUCUUCUCAGGUUUUAGUAUUGUCUCCCCCAACCUUCGCGAGUACCCACAAGACAAGUCGACAAUCACAAAAUCCUUCCAGUUUGUCGUCCAGGAUAGAACGUACUUGUUCACUAGAGGCGAAUUCAUGGUCAACAACGUCUACGUCCCAGAGGUCUAUAAGACAUACGUCUGCGGUAUUUGCGGCAACUUUGACGACAAUCCCAAAAACGACUUGACCAUCCCAGGUUCAAACAAAACGGUGUCAGCUGAUGUGUUGGGCAGGUACCACAUGGUCGGAGGCGUGGCUGGAGAAGGUUGCACCGACACGACCAAAGUACCCGAGCCCUGCUCAGCUGAAAACAAUGCCAAAUUCUCUGGGAAUGAAUACUGUGGAAUCUUCAAGAGUUCCAACAACGCUUCACCUCUUGUCAAAGCAGUGACUAGCGGCUCCGACGAUUCUACUCGUGGCAACAACUUGGAGAAACUCGACGAAUACUUUGAAGACUGCGUCAUGGACCAGUGCCGGAGAUUCAACUACGGCAAGAACGACAGUUGUCUGGCCCUGGGGUCCAGCGUCCAAGAGUUGAUCAAGCAGCUGAACAUUAAUGAUGAGAACCUCCAUGAGAAUUGUAGAAGCUUCGCCAAUUGCCCCAACAACUGCGGCCGCAACAUGGAGUACAAGAAGUCCUACCGCCCCCAGUGUCAGGACAGCUGCAAGGAAACCCACAAGUCAAUCACCUGUGACGAUCUGAACACAGCCUCCGGGUGCGCAUGUCAAGACGGGUUCUUGCUGGACGCUGACCAAAACUGUGUACCGGCUGAUGACUGCGAUAACAUUUGUACUGUCCGGACCGUCAACUCGGCUUUCAUGCUCAAUGAUGGCCAAAGCUCUUUUGUUGAAGCCUGUAGCAAGAAAAUCACAUGCCAGAAAGGAACAAUCAACGAAACCAACCUUGGACCUUGCUCAGAGAAUGCUGACUGCGUCGAUGGCACUAAAUGCGUGUGCAAACAAGGCUUCAAAGGAGACGGCAGAGAGUGCUUCGCUGACUUGGCUUGCAAGCCCGGCUUCUACCCAGCUGGAACUAAGUGCUACCAGGUCAGGUUCGAUAACUUGGACUGGCACAGCGCCGCUUUGGUCUGUGGCUCACAAGGUGCUCAGUUAGCCAGAAUGGAUAAUGAAGCUGAUGCAGGUCUCGAACAAGUACUGAAAAAGAUUCCAGAAUACAAAAUAGUCGCAAGUGCAACUUCGAAAAUUUUGAAGUGCGGCGUAAACAGUACUUGUGCCGCGCCUAAGAAUGAAGUUAUACUCAGCAUCCGCGCACUUGACAACUCGUUCAGUAAAUCCUGCGAUGGCAAGUUUGUUAUCUCAGGCGACAGAAGCCAAGUCACAUGCAACUGCGCGGCUAAAACGUUCAUCAUAUCCAGUGUUGAAUCUAAACUCUUUAACGCCAGAGAAAACUGUCCUAUGUGGAUUGGUGGAAACCUUGACGUCGUUGGACCAAACGCUCGACUUGACACAAUCCCCUUCCAGGUGGACUCGCCUCGCCAGAUUGACAUGACCCAGUUUAAAAAGUCCUCCGGAUGUUUCCAGGCUGUGGUCGACGAAUCAAACAUCGCCGUGUUCCCUAACCCAGACUGUAAAGCACGUCAAGGAUUUAUUUGUGAUUAUGAUCCAAAUGAUUUCAAGUUCAUUAAGGAACUAUCUAGCCAACAAGAAGCUAUUGAAAAAUGUAAAUACUUAAACAGGACACUGGCAGUAUUGGACAGCAUUGGUCAGCUUAACAAAGCUCUGACUCUCAUGACAUCGAACGCAUUCGUCUACAUGACCUAUGAUAAACUAUCGGGGGAUUUUAAAUGGGGAAAUGGCAUGGCUUUAAGUAGCUCACUCGGAAAAGUGGAGAGAAAGAGUGAGUCUAUCCUGCAUUUUUCCAUGUUGAAAUCACUAAAAAUCCAAGAACAAACCUGUGUUAUACUUAACAAGGCCAACGGCAAACUGCAAGAACAGAGCUGUGUAUUUAAAGCUGCAGCUCUAUGUGGACCAAUCACUAACUCAAUACCUGCUGGUUACACUCCAUACUUCCCAGCCACCACUGUUCAGUCUGUGACUGAGCUCAAGAAGCAACUCAUGAGAGAUGGGCAACAGGACCAGCUCUGUGCAAGUCCAUUGGUUAUAGAAUGCAGUGCUUUAUCAAAUGAAGGCCGAUGGGUAACCAACUUUGACCAACAGGGCACCACCAUAACAUGCAAGCCAGACUUAUUCUCCUGCCUCAGUGGACAAGAACUUAACUGUAAAACCUUCCGCAUUCGCAUCUUGUGCCCACAAACUAAAAACCAGUGUACAGAACUUGCCAAAUCAGGGUCUACACCUUGCGAUGGAGCUUACUGUGGCGAGUGUAUGGCUGUUGGUGACCCUCACUACACAACCUACACUGGGGCUAAGUUCGACAACAUGGCUCUCUGCACCACCCAAUUUACUGGCACCUGUCCUUUUGAUAAAGAUGGGUCAGCGGUCUCAUACCAGGUUCUGACAAAAAAUAAAAUCUGUGGAGGUGGUGGUGCAUCUUGUGUUAACAAGGUCCAUAUCAAAGUUCAAAAACUUCCAGUGACAGGAAUAAAUGGAGUUCAGCUGAAAGAGAACUUGGAUUUCAUAGUGUAUGUUGGUGCUAAAUCCUAUAUAUUGAACGGAAAAACAAUUAGCCAGACAGAUUUCACGAGGCAGGGUGUCUUCUCUGCAGUUGUGAGACAGGGUUACUUUGAAGUUCUCAUCCAUGCCAUUGGUCUGCAAGUUGUCCUCAGUGAUAACAAACUCAAAGUCAUGGCUCCAGAACAAUACAGACAAAAAAUGUGUGGUCUAUGCGGCGACUGUGGGUCAAAACUAUUUAAACUCAAAAAUGGAACAGCUAUCUCUGUUAACUAUAAUAAUCAAAUCAUGGGAAUUCUAGCCAAUGAAUGGAGAGUUGCUGAUGAAGAUGACAAUGCUGAUCAAUGUCAGAUCCUUAAAACUACUCCUAAUGAUGGCUGUACUGACGCUAAACGUGCUGAGCUUGCAAAACCUAACCUCUGUGGUGUCUUUAAGGACAAAAGCAGUUCAAUCCAAGAAUGUUUUGACAAGACUGAGAUGGAGCCUAAACCGUAUUAUGAGGACUGUUUGUAUGAUGCAUGCCGCCAAACUGACUCCCAAGAGGCUGUAUGUAACAUGGUCAAGGCCUUUGCUCAGGAGUGUUUAACACGCGUAUGUGGAAAUGGAAAAAUCUUUAGGACUGAUGUGUCAUGUGAGCCAACAUGUGGAAGAUCUGUCGUCUCACAGACAAACUGCAUGGAGGCCCGUGAGGAAGGCUGUGCUUGUCCAGCUGGCAAAAUGAAACAGGGAGAAGAUUGUGUAGACCCCAAAGACUGUGGAUGCAAUGUUCCAAUGAAAAAUGGCACCGUUAACUGGCACCUGCUUCCUGAAAGCUCUGUGCUUAUGCCUGAAUGUAAAGAGACAGCUGUGUGCUACACUGACGAAAUUGGCAGCAGCAAGGUUAUUUAUAGACCAUUUAACUUAGACCAGAAUGCCCUGUGUAAUUCCAACAUUCCCCCUUCUGUUGAAUGUGCUAAGGGAUACACAAUGGACACAGAUGGUGUCACUUGUAAAAGAGAUCCAAAGAUAUGUUCAAGAUCCUAUGAAAAUAUAAAUGGACUCUGUGUCAAAGUCCCAAGUGAGACUAAUGAAUGGAGACUUGCAUUAAAGGCCUGUAACAAGGAAGAUGGAACUCUUAUUUCCAUUGACACAGACCACAAGUUGAAUACCAUCAAAAACAUUUUAGCUGAUAGAAAGAUAGGUCCUGUCUGGAUUGCUGGUAGGGUGGUGGCUCGUAAAGGAGCUCGUGGAAACAUCUAUUUCCAAAGUGUCUUGUCUGACAAUGACAAGGGUAAAAUCGAGGUGGCCAACUACGAUUGCCCAGACAACACCUUAAGAAGAAUUAAACUCUCCCCUGACAUCAGCCUAUCCUCCAUCACACAAGAUGGUUUGGUUCUUAGUGUUAUGAUCACCAAAGAGGGGGAUGCAGUGGCUGUUCUUUCAACUUCCAAAGCUACUCCUGUUUGUGUUUUAAGAGAAGUUACAGAUAAUCAGACUCAGUGGUUUGAUAGCUGUAACAAUGAUAAUAACAUGGAAGAUGGUGACCAAGAAACUCAUCACAGUAUGCUCAUGAAUCCAAACUGCUUGGUCUGUCUUAACCCUAUGGAUGUGCGCUGUGUUGCCAACCCCAAUCCAAAAGUUAUUGGGUCCAUUGAAGGGGACUGUGCAAAUCGUGCUGAUGGUUUGUUCUACGACUGCAAUCAAGGAAGAAAUUGUGUUGACAAAGGUGUAAGCACGAAAUGCACAAAAGAUUAUGAUGAGUGCACUACUGGACUCCAUGAUUGCCCUGCAAACUCUGAGUGUGUAAAUACAGUGGGUGACUUUUCAUGCAAAUGCAAACCUGAGUUCCCACUCAUGGUCAGGGGACAAUGCCAGAGCUUCCAGAGGUGUGUAAUGCAAGGGCCAGCUGCUCCACUUGACUAUGUUUAUAAUAUUCAAACUUUGUCCGGGAAGGAAGGUCUCUUAGAUUUCACUUGUAAAUUCAAGUUGGCUACCCUGUGUGAUCAAUACAAGGCUUCAUCUGGACUACCAUCAAUCAGCAUCUACAUCCUGAGCACCAGGGUGGCAGGUGCCCUACAGCCUUACUACUCUGGAACCUGUUAUAACCCAGAUAAUGGUGUUGUCAAAACCUGGGCUGUGACCCCUGACCUUCUAAGACAAGGUUACAUAAUGCUUGGCAACAGUAAUGCCAACUCUGUGCAGACUGCCCUUAGCUUCACUGACCCAGCUACCAGUGUCAGUUAUCAGUUUGUUGCCCCUGGUACUCUUAUCAUCAGCCAUCAGUCUGGCUUUUUCAAGGUCACAAUUACUGCAAACAGCAUCCGGACCGAGUUCUCAGGAGAGUACAGAGAUAAACUCUGUGGUGUUUGUGCAGCUUCAUCAGUUAGCUCUGGGGGAUUCCUUGAGCUCAGUCAAUCAGAGCUUCAAGAGGUUUCAGUCUUACAAGAAUCUGUAUGUGCACCACGAACACCAAUCCCAGCUCUCCCCACUGAACCACAUGCCCAGACAACUGCAUCUCCUACAACAGGAUCUAUAACAACUUACCGUCCUCCACAACAUCCAGAUUUAUCUGCCAACCCUCAACAGCAUCCAGAUAUAUCUAUCAACCCACCACAACAUCCAAAUAUAUCUACCAACCCACCACAACAUCCAAAUAUAUCUACCAACCCUCCACAACAUCCAAAUAUAUCUACCAACCCACCACAACAUCCAAAUAUAUCUACCAACCCUCCACAACAUCCAGAUAUAUCUGCCAACCCACCACAACAUCCAAAUAUAUCUACCAACCCUCCACAACAUCCAGAUUUAUCUGCCAACCCUCAACAGCAUCCAGAUAUAUCUAUCAACCCACCACAACAUCCAGAUAUAUCUACCAACCCACCACAACAUCCAAAUAUAUCUACCAACCCUCCACAACAUCCAGAUUUAUCUGCCAACCCUCAACAGCAUCCAGAUAUAUCUACCAACCCUCCACAACAUCCAGAUAUAUCUACCAACCCACCACAACAUCCAAAUAUAUCUACCAACCCACCACAACAUCCAGAUAUAUCUACCAACCAUCCACAACAUUCAAAUAUAUCUACCAAACUUCCACAACAUCCAGAUAUAUCUUCCAAACCACCACAACAUCCAGAAAAAUCUACUAACCCUCCGCAACAUACAGAUAUAUCUACCAAACCUCCACAACAUCCAAAUAUAUCUACCAACUUUCCACAACAUCCAGAUAUAUCUACCAACCCACCUCAACAUCCAGAUAUAUCUACUAACCCUCCACAACAUCCAAAUAUAUCUACCAAACUUCCACAACAUCUAGUUACAUCUACCAACCCACAACAACAUCCAAAUAUAUCUACCAAACAUCCACAACAUCCAAAUAUAUCUACCAAACCUCCACAACAUCCAAAUAUAUCUACCAAAACUCCACAACAUCCAAAUAUAUCUACCAACCCACCACAACAUCCAAAUAUAUCUACCAAACGUCCUCAACAUACUGAUAUAUCUACCAACCCUCAACAGCAUCCAGAUAUAUCUACCAACCUUCCACAACAUCCAGAUAUAUCUACCAACCCACCACAACAUCCAAAUAAAUCUACCAAACUUCCACAACAUCUACAUAUAUCUACCAAACCUCCACAACAUCCAAAUAUAUCUACCAACCCACCACAACAUCCAAAUAUAUCUACCAACCCACCACAACAUCCAAAUAUAUCUACCAACCCUCCACAACAUCCAAAUAUAUCUACCAAACCUCCACAACAUACAGAUAUAUCUACCAAGCCUCAUCAGCAUCCAGAUAUAUCUACUAACACUCCACAACAUCCAGAUAUAUCUACCAACCCUCCACAACAUACAGAUAUAUCUACCAACCCACCACAACAUCCAUAUAUAUCUACCAACCCUCCACAACAUGCAAAUAAAUCUACCAAACUUCCACAACAUCCACAUAUAUCUACCAAACCUCCACAACAUCCAGAUAUAUCUACCAACCCACCACAACAUCCAAAUAUAUCUACCAAACCUCCACAACAUACAGAUAUAUCUACCAACCCUCCACAAUAUCCAAAUAUAUCUACCAACCCACCACAACAUCCAGAUAUAUCUACCAACCCUCCACAACAUCCAAAGAUAUCUACCAACCCACCACAACAUCCAGAUAUAUCUACCAACCCUCCACAACAUCCAAAUAUAUCUACCAACCCUCCACAACAUACAGAUAUAUCUACCAACCCUCCACAACAUCCAAAUAGAGCUACACAUUCUCCAAAACAAACCGAUGUAUCAACCCAUCGUCCAAAAAAGACAUAUUUAUCAACCCAUCCUCCACAACAAACAUAUUUAUCAACCCAACCUCGACAAUAUUUAGAUAAAUCUACCCAUACUCCAAUAUAUCCAGAUAAACCAACCCAUGAUUUAUUAACCCAUUCCCCUCUACAUCUAGAUAAACCAACCAAUUCUCCACAAAAUUCAGAUCAAUCAACUCAACCUCCAAAUCAAAUAGAUAAACCAUUCCCUCUUCCAAAACAACAAGAUAAAUUAUUCAAUCCUUCACAAGGUCCAGAGGAAUUGACCCAACAUCCACAAUAUCCAAAUAAACAAUUCUAUUCUCCAAAACAAACAAAUAACUCAAACUACGCUGCACAAGAAUUAGAUAAAUCAACACAUCCGCUACUAAAACCUAAUAAACCAACACACCAUCAACAAGAUGCAGAUAAAUCAACUCAUCCCUCACCACAUCCAGAUAAAACAACCCAUCCUCCGCAAUAUCCAGAUAAAUCAACAUAUCCUCAACAAGAUCAUGAUAAACCAAUUUAUUCUCAACAACAAACAGAUAAACCAACAAAUUAUCCACAAAAUUCAGAUCAAUCAACUUAUCCUCCAAAUCAAAAAGAUAAACCAUUCCUUUUUCCAAAACAACAUCCAUAUAAAUCAUCCAAUGUUUUACAACAUCCAUAUAAAUCAAACAGUCCUUCACAACAUCCAAAUACACCAACCUAUCCACAACAACCAGACCAAUCAACCACACCCAGAGCAAUAUUUCCAACCUACCCUGAUGAUGUCAGCACACGAGGUGAACCACUAGAGCCGGUCACCAUACCAACCGUGAUCACAACCCUUGCCCCAGACACCACACAGUCAACCACCUUGUCACCAGAUGAAGAUCCUUGCAGCUACCAGGCUAUUGAUGACUGCAAUGCUCUCAACCUGCUUUGUAAUGUCCCCAUUAACAAAUGCAAGGCUGCAAUUUGUCCUGGCACCCAAGAUUUGUGCCAGUAUUUGGUCUCACAACAGUUCACAUGUAAGCAGACAGAUAAUCUAAAACUUUUUUCCAAGAGAUGCAACAAACUCUGUGGUGCCAAUAUGGAAUUCAAAUACACAUCCAGAACAGACCAGCCAUCUUGUGCCAAACCCAGCAAGUCUGACAUGGUUAGCCAGAACGCCAAUGAUGAUGUAGGCUUUAUCUGUGCCUGUGAGGACGGUUAUGUCCAGAGCAGAGCAGAAUGUGUCAGGUUGUCAGACUGUGGCUGUGUCAUGCCCAGCGGAAAAUAUUAUCCUGCUGGUCAUCAAUGGCGUUCAGCCAACUGCGCAGAACUCAAGACAUGUUUGGGUAACAACAAUGUUGACGUGCAGGUGUCUUCCUGUGGUAAAAACACUGAGUGCACCAACACUGAGAAAGGACCUACGUGUAUAUGUAAGAAAGGAUUGUUUGGUAACCCAGAUAUGCCACAAGGCUGUGAGAAAGGUGUUGUCUCCCAUGAUGGUAGCAAAACCUGCUACACCUAUGCUACACACUCUGGUGAUGAGGAAAGAUGUGACUGUAACAUGGGCUUUGCCUCCAACUGUGAGGAAUGCUUGGACAUGGACGAAUGUGCUGAAGGAACCCAUCAAUGUAAUCUGGCCUAUGAGAAGUGUGUCAAUGUACCAGGUGGUUACAGAUGUGACUGUGCUGAUGGCUACACAUUCAAGGGAGGAAAAUGUGUUGAUCUAGAUGAGUGUAUAGAAAAGCCAGGUAUCUGUCGUGAACAUUCCCAAUGUACCAACAAGGUUGGUUCAUAUGAGUGCAGCUGCUGUGUUGGCUACUUAUGGAACCCAGUCUCAAAGAGUUGUGAACGUGAUAAUGCCAGUGUCCCUGACCUCCCAGAGGGUGCGGCUUGCUGCGCCAUCUGUAACGACGCUGUUCUCUGUGAUGAAUCCAUCAGCAGCCCAAUACCUUAUUGCUACACUGAUAAUGGAGAGAACAAGCAGUACUCAAGCUACAUGAAACUGUACCAGGAUCGAUGCAUCAACAAUCAGCCAUUUGAUGGAGACAAAUUAUUGAGAGGAAAAUGUCCUGCUAAAAAGUCUCCUAAAUCAGCCCCAAAGAAAAUUAGAGGUAAACCAAAAAAACCAUCAACACCAGCUCCAUUCCCAACUUCCUGUGAUGCUCCCUCACUGUGUUCAGCCUUGCCACCUCCUCCUCCAAAUCUGGCCUCAGGUCCAGUUUGUGGUCCAGCUAACUCACAGACCCCAGAGAGCUUCCCAUCAUACUGUGACAUGGUUAAAGCUGAAUGUAAGAAAUCAGGAAAUCCUGCGGACUUGCCAAAGACUUCACCAAUAAAAGCCAACCCAGGCAAAUGCAGUGGAAGUGGACAUGGGUCACCAACACCUCUUCCACGACCACCUGCGGAACCAAUCUUCACACCCUGGACCCCCUACAGUACCUGCCAGCUUGCUGUACCAGGGGCUGAGUGUGGUGUGGGUAUACAGAUCAGAAACAGAGAGCUGGCACCUUACGAUGAUGGUAGACCAGUCAGAAAUGUCAAUCACUUUGAGCUCAACUCCAACAGAACCUGUUAUGUUCCCUGUCCUAAACCAAAACACGGUCAGCCUGCAAGGUCUAACUGUCCAGAGACCAGUUUCUGUAAUGCCGUUGAACCUGUCUGUGGUUCCAUUGGCACAGGCGCUGCCAGCCAGUUCAAGAGCGAGUGUAAACUCAACGUCACAGCUUGUCAGAAAUCUGAUGUACCUAACAAACUUUAUGCUGGAGACUGCGAUGCUGAAGACAGUGGAGCUAAGAAACGUUACUGUGAAGAAGCUGGGCCUGUGGAUGAUCUGAUGACUUACAAUGUAGAAAAAGAUGGCCUGCACUGUGUUGGCCAGCCAGUGAAUGUUGGUAACUGUGGCAACCUGCUGUGUAGCGGGGCUGAGGGCACUUGCUGUAAGGCUGUAGAAUACGAGAAGAUUCAAGUGGUGGCUGAAUGCUUUAGCAAAGCCACUAAGAAGUCAGUUGAUCAUGAGAAACAUAUUUAUUUCUCUGCCACUAAAUGCAAGUGCCAAUCAAUCAAACCCUAAUGUAAGACUUUUUAUUGGAGGUUUUACAAGAAGUGGAAAUCAAGAUGAAUUUCUGAAAAAAAUUAUACAAAUUCCAUCAGUUAAAUAAAAAUUUCAAAGCUAGAACUAGGAAUAUUUAUUUUUUUGAGUAAAAAUUACAAAAAUGAUAAUAUUACAAUAUAACAGUUAAGGAAGUUGCCUGGUAUUGGACUGACAAACAUAAAAAGUUGGUAGAAAGAUAAUUCGGCUUGGAAAGGGCUAGUGCUUAAUAGAUGGUAAGUUAAUAAAUGUAACAGAAGUUUUCUAAGUAUUAUGUUAAAAUAAAAAAAACUAACAAUUAAAAGGAAAAUAAAGAUAAUUACAGAU